AAACUGGACCAGGAUCUUAAUGAAGUGAAGGCUCGUGUUGAAGAACUGGACAGAAAGUACUAUGAAGUGAAAAAUAAAAAGGAUGAACUACAGAGCGAAAGAAAUUAUCUAUGGAGAGAAGAAAAUGCAGAACAACAAGCUCUCGCUGCAAAGCGGGAGGAUUUAGAAAAGAAACAGCAGCUUCUCAGAGCAGCAACAGGAAAGGCCAUUUUGAAUGGUAUAGACAGCAUAAACAAAGUUUUGGAGCACUUCCGUCGAAAAGGCAUAAAUCAGCAUGUUCUAAAUGGCUAUCAUGGCAUUGUGAUGAAUAACUUUGAAUGCGAACCAGCUUUCUACACUUGUGUUGAAGUUACUGCAGGGAACAGGUUGUUUUAUCACAUUGUGGAUUCUGAUGAGGUCAGUACAAAGAUCCUAAUGGAAUUUAACAAAAUGAACCUUCCUGGAGAAGUUACUUUCCUCCCUCUGAACAAGCUGGAUGUUAGAGAUACUGCUUAUCCUGAGACUAAUGAUGCUAUUCCUAUGAUCAGUAAACUGAGAUACAAUCCAAGAUUUGACAAAGCUUUCAAGCAUGUUUUUGGAAAGACUCUAAUUUGUCGUAGCAUGGAAGUGUCUACCCAGCUGGCCCGAGCUUUCACUAUGGAUUGUAUUACUCUGGAAGGUGAUCAAGUAAGCCAUCGUGGUGCUUUGACUGGAGGUUAUUAUGACACGAGGAAGUCUCGGCUUGAAUUGCAAAAAGAUGUUAGAAAGGCAGAAGAAGAACUUGGUGAACUUGAAGCAAAACUCAAUGAAAACUUACGCAGAAACAUUGAAAAUAUCCUUUCGUCCACAGUAUGGAUUAAUAAUGAGAUUGACCAGCUAAUGAACCAGAUGCAGCAAAUUGAGACACAGCAGAGAAAGUUCAAAGCCUCUCGAGACAGUAUUUUGUCAGAGAUGAAAAUGCUGAAGGAGAAGAGGCAGCAGUCUGAAAAGACAUUUAUGCCUAAGCAACGCAGUUUGCAGAGCUUGGAGGCAAGUUUACAUGCCAUGGAGUCAACGAGAGAAUCGUUAAAAGCUGAACUGGGGACGGAUUUGUUGUCUCAGCUAAGUCUUGAAGAUCAGAAACGUGUGGAUGCUCUUAAUGAUGAGAUUCGACAGCUACAGCAAGAAAACAGACAGCUUUUGAAUGAGAGGAUUAAACUAGAAGGCAUUAUCACAAGAGUUGAAACGUAUCUCAAUGAGAAUCUGAGAAAACGCUUAGACCAAGUGGAACAAGAACUGAAUGAGCUACGAGAAACAGAAGGUGGCACGGUCCUUACUGCCACAACGUCGGAACUGGAGGCUAUCAACAAACGAGUGAAAGAUACUCUGGCACGGUCAGAUGAUUUAGAUAAUUCUAUUGACAAAACAGAAGCAGGAAUUAAAGACCUUCAGAAGAGCAUGGAACGCUGGAAGAGCAUGGAAAAGGAGCAUAUGGAUGCCAUUAACCAUGACACAAAAGAACUUGAAAAAAUGACUAACAGGCAAGGCAUGCUCCUCAAGAAGAAAGAGGAAUGCAUGAAGAAAAUCCGAGAGUUGGGUUCACUUCCACAGGAGGCUUUUGAAAAGUAUCAGACUUUAACUUUAAAGCAGUUAUUCCGCAAACUGGAGCAGUGCAACACGGAACUGAAGAAAUACAGUCACGUUAAUAAAAAAGCUUUAGAUCAGUUUGUGAAUUUCUCAGAGCAGAAGGAAAAAUUGAUAAAAAGACAAGAGGAACUGGACAGAGGCUACAAAUCCAUCAUGGAACUGAUGAACGUCCUUGAGCUCAGGAAAUAUGAGGCUAUUCAGCUGACUUUCAAACAGGUGUCAAAAAACUUCAGUGAAGUAUUCCAGAAGUUAGUCCCUGGUGGCAAGGCCACAUUAGUGAUGAAGAAAGGAGAUGUGGAGGGCAGUCAGUCCCAGGAUGAAGGUGAAGGCAGCACUGAGAGCGACAAAGGCUCUGGAUCUCAGAGCAGUGUUCCAUCAGUAGACCAGUUCACUGGAGUUGGCAUAAGGGUUUCGUUCACAGGGAAGCAGGGUGAAAUGAGAGAAAUGCAGCAACUUUCAGGUGGACAGAAAUCCUUAGUGGCCCUAGCCCUGAUAUUUGCUAUCCAGAAAUGUGAUCCAGCUCCAUUUUACUUGUUUGAUGAAAUUGACCAAGCCUUGGAUGCUCAGCACAGAAAAGCUGUUUCAGAUAUGAUUAUGGAACUAGCAGAACAUGCUCAGUUUAUUACAACAACUUUUAGGCCUGAACUGCUUGAGUCAGCUGACAAGUUCUAUGGUGUAAAAUUCAGAAACAAGGUUAGUCAUAUUGAUGUGAUCACAGCAGAAAUGGCCAAAGACUUUGUAGAAGAUGACACCACGCAUGGUUAAAAGAAAUUAUACUUGCUGCUUGUUUCGAAGAUGUGUAUAGUGUUAUGUUUAUGCCAGGGACUUGUAAAUUCAAAAUAUGAAGUAUUUAGUCCUUGUUUAAAAUAGUUUUUGAACAUACAUUUUAACCAAGACCCCAAAAGGCUUAGUUUGAAAGGAGCUUGAGCAUCCCUUUUGUCUCUGUUGCUGUAUUUUAUAAGAUAAUUGUUAAUGUACCCUUUAUACAGUACCUGUAGUUUAAAACUUUUGUUCUCUUCCUUCAAAUCUUUUGUAAAAUGUCUAUUGCUGUUUUAAAGCUUUUCAGAAAGUGCUAGCUAUUCCUUAAGUAUAAUUUUGUCAUUUAUAUUGCCUCACAUGUUUUUUUUUUAAUGGCUUCGAUUAAAAUGGUUGCUUUUAUCGCUGU